AUGAAAAAGGAAUGUGCUUCAGGUUCCUUCAGACUCAAGCCAAACUCAGGUUCUCUCUCACGUGCUGUAAGCUGGAUAAAUUUCUCCUCCUUGUCCAAGCAGACAAAGAGGUUGUUUCGCAGUGAUGGGGAGCUCUCAAUAUGUGGGCAGCAGGUAGAAGAUGAUGAUGAAAAUUGGAUCUACAGAACUCAGCACAGAAAAGCUGUCUCCAAUUUAGAUGAAGAGAGUAGAUGGACAGUUCAUUACACAGCACCAUGGCACCAGCAGGAGAAUGUAUUCCUACCUACCACAAGGCCACCCUGUGUGGAAGACUUGCAUCGACAAGCCAAGCUGAACCUCAAAUCAGUACUGAGAGAAUGUGACAAAUUGAGGAGAGAUGGUUAUCGAAGCUCUCAGUACUACUCUCAGGGACCUACUUUCUCUAAAUCCAGCUUGGCCUGUGACGCCCAUAAAGAUGAAGAUGAAGAAAGUGAUCAGAAGUGUUCCAUCUCUUCCUCAGAGGAAGAAAAACUUAUUGCCACCAGGAGAGCCAAAACUCCCACUUCAAAUGAUUUAUCUGAUAUCAACACGCAGACAAAUUGGACCAAGUCACUUCCCCUGCCAACACCAGAGGAAAAGAUGAGACAGCAAGCACAAACAGUCCAGACAGAUGUGGUCCCUAUUAAUGUAACUGCUACUGGCACUAGCCAGAAUGACUUUCGUGGUCACUCAAUGUACGUCCCGGACCAUUACUCCACACUAGGAAGGCUUGAUAACUAUCGACCUCUCAUUCAGCGUUCUGAAACCAGGGACUCUAGUUGUCAGACUGAUGAAGUAAAAGUUGUGCCCCCUUCAAUGAGAAGAAUCAGGGCACAAAAAGGGCAAGGAAUUGCUGCCCAGAUGAGCCAGUUCUCCAUCUCAUCAGGGAACAUGUCAGUGAUGAGUGAUUCUGCAGGUGUUGUGUUUCCUCCACGCUUCCACAGUGAUGUGGGUUUCCAUAGCCUUCCUCGUCCUGGAACAAGGUUGUCCCUUCAACCUCUAGAACCAUCACAGGCUGUUGCUAACCCUGCAGAGGACUUGGCCAGUAUUCUGGCCUACCAGAUGGGUAAGCUGCAAGUUGAUGAGAACUUUGAGCAUGCGAGAUGUAUCUCAACACCCGGGACGUUAUCGAGGCCUAAAUCUGAAGAGUUGAGACAUUACGAAAGUGAAAAAACGAGCCCCGCCUGUAUUGUUUCUCCUCAUGCUGCCUACUCUACCAGCCUCAUAGCAAAUGCCACAAUUUCUUCAUCAUCAGAAGUUAUUGCUAUACACACAGUCCAGAAUACUGGGCAGUUGGACAGCAGAAUCACCAGCUCAUCCCCUUAUGCAAGGACGAUUAAGUCCAGAGACAAUCUUGCCACCAGCAGUGCCAUAAAAGAGGAUCAUCAGUCUUCCAGUGGUAACUGGAGUGAGGGGGGUAACUCUACACGACACUCACAGACCUCAGACACCAUCACCAGCAAUGUAGUCAUGAUGGCAUCCCUCUGUGACUCAGAUGCCUCUCUGAAUGCUCCAGGAAACAAGGAGAAUGGGUCCCGAAAUGGAGCCUAUAACUGCAGAAACAACCUGAAUUUUCUAAGCCAUUCACAAGAUAGCGAUGGCAAGAGUGAGUCCAGUUGUUCUGGCGACAGAGCCCAUGGUAGCACAGAGCCCUGGGAAUAUAAAGCCUCGGGCAGUGAGAGGACUUCCCCACACAAGCCACUUUGUAUUACUCCUGGCUAUUCCACUCCUGCCAGUAACAUGAGCAGCAGUAGUUUAGACCAAGCCUCAGUCAAAGAGGAUACAAAUUCUCUCUACUCAGUAGACCAUGAUGGCUACUACACUUCCAUGCACAUGGACUCUGGACUCAAAUCAGGAAAUCGGUGCAAUAGCAGUGAUGGCUUUGGGAACCCUAGGCACAGUGUGAUUAAUGUUUUUGACGGGAAAGCCCAGAAAAACCAAGGUGACCAGUCGCAAAACUGUGAUAAAUCUCUGCCACGAAACAUCUCCUUAAAGAAAGCGAAGAAACCUCCCCUUCCACCUUUCAGAACAGAUUCCCUUCGAAGGUCCCCCAAGAAAAAAACCCAGCCCAAUGGGCAGGUGCUAAAUGAGACUCUGAUUGCUACCCUCCAGCAUUCCCUACAACUGAAUCUGCAACGGAAAGAUAGUAGUUCUCCUUCCCAGAGCCCCUGUAGCGAUUAUGAGGAUCCGUGGCUCCUCCGGUCCCGUAGCCAGAGCACAGUCAGCACGGGCAGCAGCAUGGUGUCGGCCACAGCACCAAAUGUGUACUCCCUUUGCACAGUCACCCCAUCUCAGAGCGACACAAGCAGCGUCAAGUCAGAGUAUGGAGAUCCUUGGGGUUACUACAUCGAUUACACUGGCAUGCAAGAAGAUCAGGGGAAAUCCAGUGGCACAGGCCCACCUAAUGCUGUGGCUCCAUUGUGUGAUCUUGCCACCAGCCAUCUCCAGGAUGGGUCCAGGGUGCCUGUCCCACAAGUGUCUAGUGGAUUGGCCAAACCAAAGAACACUUCCCCAGAGAAGUCUCACAGGGUCACUUCCCCAUCCAGUGGUUAUUCCAGCCAGUCGAAUACCCCCACAGCGCUUACUCCAGUGCCCGUGUUUUUAAAAUCUAUCUCACCAGGAAACGGGAAAUCAAAGUUGAAGCCGAAAGUGCCUGAAAGAAAAUCCUCCCUGAUAUCUUCGGUAUCUAUCUCUUCAUCUUCAACUUCCCUUUCUUCCAAUACUUCAACUGAAGGCAGUGUGAAUAUGAAGAAAUUAGAUUCAGCCGUAAGCACUCCUCCCAUUCCUUCUCUUUCCCCAGCAUCUGUACAUCCUCUUAAUCACUCCCCUCUCCCUCCUCCUCCUCCUCCUUUAGCAGAUGCCUUGGAACUAUCCACUGUACAGCAUUCCCCCAUUUUUCCUCCUCCACCACCAGAAGUCCUUGCUUCUUCCUUUCUUCCGACGGAUACAUGCUUUCCUCUUCCCUCCACAUCCUUCAGUAUGCCCGAUUCAGCUGCUCCCUUGCCACCUCCUCCUUCAUCUCUCUUUCCCUCUUCUGUGCCUCCACCUGCUCCACCUCUUGACCCCAAGUUGAUGAAAGAAGCUUGGCCUUCUUUAAAAAAGUGUGGCCAACCGGAUUCUUCUUGUGCUAUACUCAAACCUUCUCUCACCAAGGAAGAAACCACUAAACCACCAAUGCCCCUAAUAACCACUAAAGCAUUACAGAUGGUACGGUUGAGGCCUGUGAACAAGCCCCCAGGAACAUCAGGAGCACAGCCAGGCAGACCAGCUUCUGAAAUAGAAUCUCAGGAAAAUAAUUCUGUGGUGCCACAGGAUCCUUUAAAACCAUCUUCUGCCUUGAAACACAGAGGGAGCAUCAAUGGACUAGACAGCAGCAAAGCCCAAAAUGUCCCUGUUAAAAACACGCUUCCAUCUCCUGAGAAGGGCUCAUUUUGGGGUUGGCACAGCAGGACAGCGGAGCUUGCUGCUCUUCAAAGGCAUGGCGAUGCAGCUGAUCCUGCACCAUACUCCAAAGCGUCCUUUUCAGGAACAAAUGCUGAGGAAGGAGUGCAGGCUUCUGGGCAGGACGAGGAAUCUCCUUCUGGCCUCAGGACUGCAUUGCUCCAGGAGCAGCCCAGCUCUCCAAAGAAGACACAUGGCUCUUCACCCAGCAGGAAACCACCUCCUAUUUCAAAGAAACCCAAACUGUUCCUUGUCGUGCCACCUCCGCACAUAGAUUUCACAGCAGAGAAAACAACCAAAGUGAAUGAAAGUGUCAGCAGCCCAGCCAGGGGAGAAGUGGUUGAUGUGAAUGGCAAAGAGGCAAAAGAGAGCUUUGCAGCAGGACCUGGUUCUGCCGAGACAGACUUUGGCAGCUUGGUGCCAGGGGGAGGAGCUGCGGGAUCCACCUUCCUUGCAGGAGUGGGAGCGGAUAUCUAUAUGGUACAGCCUGAUGUAUCACCAGCCCAAGGAGCUCCCAAGCAGGAGGAGCCAACUGCUUCAGAGGAAGGCAGCAGGAUAGAGAGCACUGAAGACAGUGGUGGUAACGUGGACAGUCCCCCCUCUCGAGAGGAUGGGAACAUUGGGGCGUUUGAGGCUGACAUGGUAUGUACCUCUCCUGGACCAUGCAGUGGCCUUAAGGAAGAUGGGGGCGAUGAGGUGACAACUCCAAGUAGACCCAGAACUACAGAAGACCUUUUUGCAGCUAUCCACAGGUCUAAGAGGAAAGUCCUUGGCCGAAAGGAUUCUGACGAUGAUCAUUCCCGAAACCAUUCUCCAUCACCCCCGGUGACACCCACGGGGGCUGCCCCUAGCCUGGCUUCCCUUAAGCAAGCAGGAUCCAUCCAGAGAAGCAUUCGUAAGAGUACUACUAGCAGUGAUAACUUCAAAGCUCUGCUGCUGAAAAAGGGGAGCCGGACAGAUGCCAGCUCUCGAAUGUCCGCUGCCGAGAUGCUGAAGAAUACAGACCCAAGGUUUCACAGAUCCAAGUCGGAGUCCUCGUCAGACACCCCUGACAGCCCCUCAAGCUGUUCUCCAAACAAGAACAGGAGGGCCCAGGAGGAGUGGGCCAAGAACGAAGGCCUGAUGCCAAGGAGUCUGUCCUUCUCUGGCACCAGGUAUGGCCGGAGCCGGACACCACCUUCUGCAGCAAGUAGCAGGUAUAGCAUGAGGAACCGAAUUCAGAGCAGCCCCAUGACUGUCAUUUCUGAGGGAGAAGGGGAGGCAACGGAGCCCACAGAGAACAGACUCCAUCGGACUGCAGGAGUUGGGAGGGAAAAAGAAAUGGACGGAUUUACUGGGAAUGAAAUGGACACUGGUGAUCUGCCAUAUUCUGAAGAGUGUGGCUCCAAGGGGGCCCAGGCUCCUAACCAUAUUGAUUCAACAGAUAAGACAGGUAGUAAGACUCUAUCAGGACAGUGUAGAAGUUCUUUAAGAGAAGAGAGUUAGGCUCCAAGGAUGAAUGUACUUUCCGACUUCGUAUUCCACAUAUGCACAGGGGAUAAGGCAUAGUGACCCCAUAUUGGUACCAUUCACUUUGCUGAGUUUUGGUUAUACUCCGUGUUUAUGCUGUGUGCCAGAUCAUUGCUGGCUCUACAUGGUAGAGGACGGUCAUAUAGGACUUAGAAGGUAUCUGUGCCCUCUGGUUUAAAAGCUUAACUUCUGAAAGUCCUUCCUGGGGAAAAUUUUUCCUUGAUGCUAGGGAUAUAUGGGUAUAUCUGCAUUUGGGGAGAUUUUUUUUAAAUUGGUAGGAAAGUAUAGGAGGAAAGAGGUCAACCUAUAUAAACUGGAAGCUUUAGGGACACAAGAAUGGUUGUUGCUUUUGAAGCAUAUUUAUCAAGUUUGGUGAGUUCCAUAAAUAGGAAAAGGUCUACAGCUGGUGAGAGGUGGUGGCUUUGCUAAUUCUGGAACCAGACAAACCAUAUGAAUAUACAUGCAUGUAUGCUUUUGAAUUUAAGCAUGUCAUGUUAAUACAGAGAAGCUGGGAGAGGGCUGAAGUCAUUGGUUCAGGUACUUUUUUCUGGGGAAAAAAAAGGUGUUUUUUUUUUUUUGUAAAAAUGACAAAAGUGUGUGAAAAUGGCACCACUAAAACUUGGUGUCUGCUGCUAUGCAGCCACCUACUCACACAGCCUUCAACCUGAUUUUUAGAAGGUGGUGUGCUCUUAAAUGAAUUUCCUCUUUGAAUAGAAACGUAGACAACCUUGGAGAAAACUGAAAUGACUUAGUGGUAAUAAAAGAGAGGAAUCAGAGUAAGUGACAUACUACUAGAGUUGGAAUGUUUGGUUUAUAAAUAAAAUUAUUUCCAAAAUUAAAUUUGAAAACUUGCACUACAAAACUGUGGGUGGAGAUUUUCCUUUUAAAACUCUAUUUUUGCCAGAAUUUAGUUUCUAUUUGGCAGUUUCUCAUCACUUGAAAUGUCAACAUUUGGUAACUUUUGGUCAUACCAAAGAAUGUUAUGGCUGUUUCUUUCUAAGCUGCCUGAAGUAUUCUUUAUAAAACUUUGAUAAUAUAGAAGGGUCUAUCUUAAUUGUCUUGUAUAUUAAAAAUGAUACUUGGAAGAAUAUGCUGAGUAGUUAGUUCUUAACAAAGAAAAAGUUGCUCGAAUUGGCAUGUCGAAUUGAGCUCUUGAGUCAUACUAGGACAUUUUUUAAUUUAAAAACAAAAGACUUUACAUUAUUUGGCUUGUGCAGUUUUUAUAUUGUCUGUAAAUAACUGAGGUUGUUAACUACAUUUUUAAUCUUCCCCAAUUUAGAACUUAACCAUUUUUAGUAUGUGGGGGGAAAGUGUGUAGAUUUAUUUAUUUUAGGGAAAUAUUUGUGACCCCUACCUCUUCCAUCCUCCCUGUCCUUUGAACUCCUUUGUUAGUCAUGUAAAUUCGGGAUCUACUAAUGCCUUCUUUACCAGAGGGAUCUAAGAAGACAAUGCUGUGAUACUUAGCUCAAAUAAAAUAAGGCAGCCAAUUGUUAUCUUGUCUUUCAUAUAAAAUUAUCUUUCUAGAUCUGCACUAAUAUUUUUUCAGCUCUCCAUCUCUACCCUAGGCACUUGAUAGUCACAGCAGGAAACAUAGUAUAUCUUUGCGAACAGCCUGAAGGAUAUGUCAGGGCUCCUUCCAUCUUUUGUAGAAUUCUUUCAUUUCAAAUUGGGAAGCCAACAGGACCUGAUAUUAUUCAACAAUAGGAGCUCUUGAUGAUAUUUUUACAAUAGGCAGAAGGUUCCUGAAGCCUGAAUUCUGAGAAGGCUAGUAGCAUUUCCUGUCUAUGAUCAAAUUUAAGCAAUCUUCUGUAAAGUCAGAAAUGUUUGAAUAUUGGAGCCCACUACUCAAUCAGCAAGUUCCCUAUGUUGAAGGUAAAGUUGAUAACAGACAUCAUUAAAAGAGUAUCAGAUUUUUCUAAA